AUGAACACGACCCAUCUUGAUAUCUGGUUCAUGUUAUCCAUUUCAAAGCAAUUCGUCAUCACCUCCCCCCAAUCUAAUCCAUUCCAACAAUGCAACCCUCUCAAUCCCACCUACCUGACUCAUCCCCAAACAGGCAACCAAAACCAAAUCGAAGCAAACAAACGCAAACGCAUAACGGAAGCAAAUAAGUCCGUUCCCAGCUCAGCGCAGCCAAACAGAACUUCAAACAAACCCCACCGAAGCCUACCUUCAUGUAUGGUGGUCCAGUCCCAUGUGUCUGUCCCAAACCCUGCCGCUGCCGGGCACGCACGGCUGUUUUUUAAUUUAUCUUAA